AUGUCGAACACACACACAGGGUUACCUCAAGGCAGUUGUCUCAGCCCUCUACUAUUUAACAUAUACAUAUCUGUUAUCACACUCGCUCUGGAAGAAGCCAACAUCCCGUACCUCAUAUACGCGGAUGCCUUAGUUAUCUUCCACUCCCAUAAAGAUUUAAAUCAAGCAUCAUUUCUCCUCAACCACGCUCUGUCCAUUCUGGCUAGCAAUUUGAACAAGCUACAUUUCUCUGUAGUGACUCACAAAUGCAAGGUAGUUAUUUUCACAAGGAAACGUCGAUUUGUUCCUCUUAAAUUGUUAUUAGAUGGCGACCCACUGCCUGUUGUUUCUGAAAUUCAAUACUUGGGUCUUAUUUCGGACAGCAAUCUCCGAUGGAAGGCAGAUAUAUUUCAGUUAACUUCUUUUGCCUACAAAUGGGCAAAUUUGUUAAGGGCUUUAGUUGGUAGUUGGUGGGGUUCACGCCCCUCUUCCCUACUACAAGUUUACAAGUCUAUCAUUAGAGCAAAGAUUGAAUAUGGUUGUUGUUUUUUUGGCUCCACCGCCUUGUCACACCACAAGAAAUUAAAUUCACUACAGGCUAGUUGUCUACGCACUGCGCUCGGGUCCAACACCUACUUACAAUAUGGACAUCUCUCUCCAACCAAAAAUCUCAGCUAA